UAAUUCGCCCCAUGUGAGUGUGCUGGCUGCGACUCGAGUCACCUGCCUGUCAUGGACUCGUCUGUAUGUGUCAGUGUGAUUCGGGAUAUUAUUGGCGCAGGUCACGAAUGACAGGAAGCUCCUGUUUAAAAAUAUAGGCUAUGUUGCUGACAUUUCCUGUAACGUUAUAGCUCGAUAGUUUGCAAACAAGCUAACUGACAAGCUUUCUCUUUUGACCGGACAGACGUUGUUGCACACACCUUUUGACGCUGGACAGCCACAACAGUCGGAGCUCAUGUGAUUACACGGAGAGUCGGAGAAGGGCAGUGCCGGAUGAUUUUCUUCGAUCUCUCGGACCCAGAAGAGGCUAAUUCAAAAUAAGUGUCGUGUACGCUUUGCUGUCCAGUUCAGAGGGAUCGAAGCGGGUAUAUACAACAAAGCUAGCAAGCUAGCUAGCCGAGGACUUAGCCAGCUAAUUGACGCCACAGCUUUGGUAUACUUCCUUCUCUUAUUGUAUCGAGCGCCACUUUGCUAGCUAGUCGACUAGCUACCAAACUAGCUAGUUGGCUAGCGAACCAACGGCACCACAAUGCACGACGCGUAUGAGCCAGUACCUAUUUUGGAGAAGCUGCCGCUUCAGAUCGACUGCCUAGCGGCCUGGGAGGAUUGGCUUCUUGUCGGGACCAAGCCAGGCCAUCUACUGCUCUACCGCAUCAAGAAGGAUGCAGCAAGUAACAGGUUUGAAGUGACACUGGAGAAAUCCAACAAGAACUUCUCCAAGAAAAUUCAGCAGCUGUUUGUUGUGUCUCAGUACAAGAUCCUGGUCAGUCUACUGGAAAACAACAUCCAUGUCCAUGACCUCCUGACCUUCCAGCAGAUUACUGUCGUGUCAAAGGCCAAAGGAGCCUCCCUCUUUGCAUGUGACUUGCAGCAUGGCAGCUCCGGGGAGGCCAAACUGAGGAUGUGUGUGGCCGUGAAGAAGAAGCUGCAGCUGUACUACUGGAAGGACAGGGAGUUCCAUGAGCUGCAGGGGGAUUUUGCUGCGCCAGACAUUCCCAAGUCCAUGGCCUGGUGUGAGAACUCCAUCUGUGUGGGGUUCAAACGGGACUACUACCUGAUCCGGAUGGAUGGGCGUGGCUCCAUCAAAGAGCUGUUCCCUACGGGGAAGCAGCUGGAGCCGCUGGUCGCCCCAUUGGCCGACGGGAAAGUGGCAGUUGGUCAGGACGACCUCACCGUGGUUCUGAACGAGGAAGGCGUCUGCACCCAAAAGUGCGCCCUCAACUGGACGGACAUACCUAUUGCAAUGGAGCACCAGCCCCCCUACAUCAUCGCCGUGCUUCCCCGCUACGUGGAGAUCCGCACCUUCGAACCCCGGCUCCUGGUGCAGAGCGUGGAGCUCCAGAGGCCUCGUUUCAUCACCUCAGCUGGGCCCAAUAUCGUGUACGUUGCCAGCAACCAUUUUGUGUGGCGCCUUGUGCCCGUCUCCAUAGCAACCCAGAACCGGCAGCUCCUGCAGGACAAACAGUUUGAACUGGCCCUGCAGCUGGCGAAGAUGAAGGACGACUCAGACGGCGAUAAGCGGCAGCAGAUCCACCACAUCCAGAACCUGUACGCCUUCGACCUCUUCUGCCAGAAGCGCUUCGACGACUCCAUGCAGGUGUUCGCCAAGCUGGGCACGGACCCCACCCAUGUGAUUGGGCUGUAUCCAGACCUCCUGCCCACGGACUACAGGAAGCAGCUGCACUACCCCAACCCCCUCCCCACACUGUCCGGCGCUGAGCUGGAGAAGGCCCACCUGGCGCUCAUCGACUACCUGACCCAGAAACGCAGUCACCUGGUGAAGCAGCUGAACGACUCGGACCCGUCCACCACCUCCCCGCUCAUGGAGGGGACGCCCACCAUCAAGAGCCGCAAGAAACUGCUGCAGAUCAUCGACACCACGCUGCUCAAGUGCUAUCUGCACACUAAUGUGGCCCUGGUGUCGCCCCUCCUGAGGCUGGAGAAUAACCACUGUCACAUCGAGGUGAGCGAGUACGUGCUGAAGAAGGCCCACAAGUACAGCGAGCUCAUCAUCCUCUACGAGAAGAAGGGGCUGCACCAGAAAGCCCUGCAGGUGCUGCUGGAUCAGUCCACCAAGGCCAACUCCCCGCUGAAGGGUCACGAGCGGACAGUGCAGUACCUCCAGAGGCUUGGGAUGGAGAACCUGGGCAUCAUCUUCGAGUUCUCCCCCUGGGUGCUGAAGAUCUGCCCUGAGGACGGACUGAAGAUCUUCACAGAGGACCUGCCGGAGGUGGAGACGCUCCCCAGGCAGAAGGUGCUGAGCUUCCUGAAGGAGGGCUUCCGGGAGCUGGCCGUGCCGUACCUGGAGCACAUCAUCUACGUGUGGGAGGAGACGGACCCCGAGUUCCACAACGUCCUGAUCCAGCUCUACCUGGAGAAGGUGCAGGGCCUGAUGAAGGAGUACCUCAACUCUCUCCCUGAGGGUGAACCCCCAGUGGCUGCUGGGAAGGAGGAGGGAGAGCUGGGGGAGUUCAGGAACAAGCUGCUGAGUUUCCUGGAGAUCUCUUCCAGCUACGAGCCAGCCAGGCUCAUCAGUGACUUCCCCUUCGACGGGCUGCUGGAGGAGAGGGCCUUGCUGUUGGGCCGGAUGGGGAAGCACGAGCAGGCCCUCUUCAUCUACGUGCACGUGCUGAAGGACACCCGCAUGGCCGAGGAGUACUGUCACCAGCAUUAUGACAGGGAGACAGAUGGCAGUAAAGAUGUGUACCUGUCGCUGCUGCGCAUGUACCUGUCUCCCCCGGACGUCCACUGCCUGGGGCCCAUUAAGAUGGAGCUGUCGGAGCCGCAGGCCAACCUGCAGGCUGCCCUGCAGGUGCUGGAGCUGCACCACAGCAAGCUCAACACCACCAAGGCGAUAAACCUGCUCCCGGCCAACACUCAAAUCCAGGAGAUCCGGGUGUUUCUGGAGAGCGUGCUGGAGGAGAAGGCCCAGAAGAAACGCUUCAAUCAGGUCCUGAAGAGCCUGCUGCAGGCCGAGUUCCUGCGGGUCCAGGAGGAGCGGAUCUUCCACCAGCAGGUGAAGUGCAUCAUCACGGAGGAGAAGACCUGCCGCGUGUGCAAGAAGAAGAUCGGGAACAGUGCGUUUGCCAGGUACCCCAAUGGUGUGGUAGUGCAUUAUUUCUGCUGCAAGGAUCGCAAUACGUGCCCCACCGAACUGUGAUACCCCCCCCUCCCCUCUCCUCCCCCCCACCCCACCUCCCUAGCCCAUGGAACAUUCUGGGAUACGCGCACCGCAAGCUGCCGCCUUGUCAUCGAAAACGGCACCCGCCCCCCUCUGACCCAGUCGAAAUUCGUCUCACACUGGGCACGCUCUGUUGCCAGCGCAGCAAACAUUGGACCCUGCACGUGCGACUGCAAGGACUGCUGGGAGACUCCGCCCUCGGUCUGGAAUUCUGGAACUACAAAACUGUGGAACUCUGGGAGCUCGGCCUUCUCUAUACUAGUAUCGCAUGGGGGGGGGGGGGGCAAUGGGAGGAGUCUCUACCCUCGAGGAGCGACACUGAUUGGACUUCUGCACUACUCCACGGUUCUCAAGGAGCUGGGAUUGAGCGGUGUGCGUUUUCAAAAGACAGGAUCCUUUCCCGGGAGGCUGCUUUUCUCGUUCUUCUGCUUUCUGUCAGCGCAUAAGAUGUGUAUUAAUCGUGGAGUCUCAUCUGCUACUUACGUUUGUGUCUUUAAUUUCCUCAAGGGGGCGAUAUGUGGGUGUUUGGCAGACACAUGAGAAGGCAGGCGGGGAAGCGCUCCGCUGUACCAGUCGUACCGCGGGUCGUAUUUUCAGGUCCUCUCCUCGAACCGAAAAGCAGACGAAGACGCAGAGUGUGCGCUGGAAUAGAGGCGGGAGAGCUGUGACUGUACCGUCCCAUAAUCCACACGGGCCCUGUACGGCGACGGUCACUAGGACGGUUACUGGGAUGCACAAGUCUGCCGAGCGCAUUUUUAGCCUGUCUCAGGUCUAGCAACAUUGCUCCAGAGCCAGAGCGCGGCAUUGUACAGAGAAUAACUGGAAAUCUUUACUUUUAACGUUUAACUUUAACUUUAACUUUUUUUCCCUGGCUAUUUUGUUUGUACGUGAACUCCCCCCCCCCCCUUCUCUUUUUUAAGCAUAAAAAGCUGAGGACUAACUACAUUAACGUAUGACUGCACUAAUAAUGCACAAAGAGAGCGCUAGGAGCAUGGCACUUUAAGCUUCAGACAUUUUGCUUUUUGGAUUUUUUGCAGUUUAUUUAAUGUACAGCCUCUGCAAAAUCUCAAGGAUUUAACUGAAGGAAGACUCGUUAAAUUUGAGCUGAAGUCCCCGUGUGGUUAUGACCUGGGCCAUACCAGAGCUCCUCAGUCAUUCUCCCAGUCUUCUCCCUCCACAAGGUACAUUUAAGAAAAACUAACAAAAAAAACUGUAUGGAAUUUUGUAAAAUAUACAUAAUCUUUUUGGGGGGAAGAUUGAGAGUCUGAGAUAAUUGGUUAACGGUAACUUCGUGAAGAUGAUGUAUUUUACAGACAAUGCAAUGUUCAAUGCAAUUAAAUGUUCUUAUUGAAAUGGCUUCAUUGGUAAUAAACGGACUAUAUAAAGUU